CACAAGAUUAAAGAGUCUUAUUAUAUAACAAACACAAAGAAGGGAGAAAGCAAAGAUGAGUGGUUGUAAAACAGAGUCAGAAACAGAGCAAGAACAGAAUAACACAUCAAUUCUUCUACCAAUAUUCAAGUUCAAUCCUCAAACAACAAUGGUGGAUUAUUCUUAUUCUUCUUCUUCUCCUGAGAGGUCAGGGAUUGUAACUCCACCAAUUUGCACCUUAGCUUCAGUACCAUUUGGUUGGGAAGAGGAACCUGGCAAGCCAAGAAUAACUUCUUCUUUUUCUAGUACUAAUGCCAUUGUUACUUUGACCAACUCAAAGUCAAAGUCAUUGCAACUUCCUCCAAGGUUGCAACAACUAGUUCAUGAUGAAGGUGAUGAUGAUGCAACCAAAGUUCACUCACCAAGCAGUGUAUUGGAGGGUCCUUAUUGUAUCUCAAGAAGCAACACUUGCCACCUUCCUCCGUCUUCUAGAGCUCUAGACAUAGGAAUGAGGAUGAAGGAGAGAGGGUGGUUUGGUUCAUUGAGGGGAUGGAAGGGCUUCAAUGUCAAAAGGGAAGUGAGUAGGGGCAGUUUUGUCUUUUCCUCUAAUUCUACAUCUUCUGCUGAUGAAGAUUAUCACGUUAAUGACAAUAAGGUGAGAAGUGUGACAAAGAUGCAACGUUCUAGAAGCAUUUCCCACCUCUUCCAUGCCAAGCCAUGGACAAUGAUAUGUGAGAGCUUCAAGCAAGUGGUUCCAUGGAAGAGUCAAAAGCUCAAGGAAGUUGGCUAUGGUGCCCUUAAUCUCUAGGACUUUUUACCAUAGUCAGGUCAAAAUCAAUCAUAACUUAUCCAUGAUCCACCUGUUUUUUCAAUUAUUUAAUUUUAAUAUUAUUAUUCUUUUGGUUUCAUCUUUGUACUGAAUCCUGGGAGUGUUAUUUUAUGUAUUACAAUACUUAUAUAAUUUUAUAGUUUAAAUAUUCAAUGUUUAUAAUAUAGUAUAGUUGAUAUUACUUUUAUA